AUGGCACCUACCCAAUCCACCUGUCCUCCUGUCACCACCCGCUCCGUCACCCGCAAGAACAGUGUUGCCCUCCGAUCCUUGGACGCUGGCGUCCAUAAGCAUUUCCAAUGUAUCGUUUGCGACAAGAAACAUGGCUCAAGAGCUGCGCUCUCACGCCACUUCAAAUCACACACCACUCGCCCCGAAGAGCUUUCGCCGUUCACUCACCCUAGCUGCUGGGACGAAGAUAGCGCCACACACCCACCAAACAAACAACACAUCUUUGACAUGAUCGUAGACGACAACGUAUUCGAUGCGCUUCCAUCAAAGAAGCAACGGGCCAUAAACACCAAUAUCGAGUAUGCACUGGCUGGCGUCAAGAACAAGAGGCAAUUGAGGCACAAAGCGGAUCAGCAACGCUUGCGCCUGCUCCAUUGGUGGUUCAGAGCAAACGAGAAGGCUUUGAGGGCGAGGAUGGAUUUUGGACCUGCGGGACUAUUCCCUCGCCAAGGAGAACGCAAGCUCCAAGAUCAAGGCCAGGCACUCUACGUCGAGGGUAUCACAGCGGAAGACGACAGCCUGCUCGCGCUCGCAGGCGCACCUCCGAUCUCACAAGUCGAAUCGCUUUCAGCAACGGAAGGCCCGAUAACACAAGCAGACCAGCUGGCCUCAAAUCCCGACCAACCCGCUCCCUCAGUUUCUGCACAGACUGGAUUAUUCGACCACGACUUCGACCGCUCGCUCGAGGGAUCAGUCGUGGCGGACUUCGAGCUAGCAUCGACUCGCCCGCUCACAAGCUUGCCGCUACUGUGGUGCAUGAGCAACACCUUCACUCAUUUUGUCAAGACCCACGGAGAAGAUCUGGUCUGCGUUAUAGCCCUCAAACGGGCCGCAGAGAUCUAUCUCCGCGGCAUAGAAGCUUCUCAAGACGUCGUGAACAAGCUCAACUCGCGUUUCGACCACAAAAUCAUGGGCAAGUACGAUGGCCUGGACGACUCCGAUGACGAAGACAAGUGGGUCGCACUGCUUAACAACGAGAAGCGUUUUAGAAAAGAUCGAGCGUUCAUCUGGGAUCGAUUGGAGGAGGCCACCCAUGAAUACUUCAACGACUAUAGCAAUAGUGAGCUGCCUGUGGCGCUCGGAGCGCGUCACAGUUCCGAUGCAGUCAAGGUGGUUGUGAAGGCAACGAGAGCGUUUGCAUCGGUGCUGGGGGAUGUACAUACUUCUGCGUAUGUGAAGAACUAUUGGAUUGGAAAGAUCUAA